AUGACUCGACCAAGCCUUCAGCCUUACUUAACUGAUACCCGUAAAAAGAUGAUCUCAACACCCCUCCUUCUCACCCAGGUAUUCACACCAAACUUAAACACCACUGUAGCUCUCCAAACGGAAACGACAACUACGACACAGGAAACGACAACAUCAACACCGGAAACGACAACUACGACACCGGAAACGACAACAACAACACCGGAAACGACAACUACGACACAGGAACCGACAACUACAACACCGGAAACGACAACUACGACGCUGGAACCGACAACUACGACACAGGAAACGACAACUACAACGCUGGAAACGACAAAAACAACACCGGAAACGACAACAACAACGCUGGAAACGACAACUAUGACACAGGAACCGACAACAACAACGCUGGAAACGACAACUACAACACCGGAAACGACAACAACAAUACCGAAAACGACAACAACAGCGCUGGAAACGACAACAACAAUACCGAAAACGACAACAACAACGCUGGAAACGACAUCUACAACACCGGAAAUGACAACAACAAUACCGAAAACGACAACAACAACGCUGGAAACGACAACUACAACACCGGAAACGACAAGUACGACAUCGGAAACGACAACUACAACUCCAAAAACGACAACUACGACUCAGGCAACAGCAACCACAGCACUUCAAACUACAACACAGGGAACGACAACUACCAUACCAGAAAUGACAACAAAGUAUAUUACAACUACGACAGAAAUCUCUACGGUUCUGCCAUCACGUGGUAAGACCACUUCAUAG